AAGGAUACCCGGCAAAUAAAAAUGGACAACGCAACACCGAUGCCAAAAUCUCCGUCUCUGUCGCCACCACAGGAAGCGGCGCUCCACCAAGACGACGCCGCUGUUGACGAUGAGAAUGUAAAGCAACUGAAGGAAUGCUCUUCUCUGUACUUAUCCUUGCAAGAUUGUCUUGUUAAGAGCAACAGAAAUUGGAAAUCUUGUCAAAUGGAGGUUCAGGCUUUGAAGGCAUGCAAUGAGAAGAGAAAGAAUAGCAAUGAGAAGAGAAAGAAUAGCAAUGGGAAGUGAAGUUUUUAUGUUGUAAGGAUGAUGAAAAUUACCUCAACAAUUCACAAAUUAUGAACAAUUUUCUAUUUGUUUUUGUUUUAAAUUUGAUUUGGCCGAGUAAUU